AUGUCUGUGGUUUUGUUGCAAUCCUUCUCGAGCCUAACUCUAUCGCGAACUAUGCGUAAAGAAUACACUAUUAUCGACACAUUUGAGGAUCUGUUAGAAAGGGAUGAUAUAUUGCCAUUCAUUUACAUGAGAGAAGUGGAUAUCAGAAAAAUUCAAGCAAAUGGAGAACCAAAUGAAAAGGCAAUAAUACGUAAAAGUAAAUCCAAUAAUGACUUUGAAACCGAUACCCAAUUACUCAAUUUGGCAAAGAAUGCACCGAUUAUUAAGUCUAAGAUUAGGACCCAUUGUAUUAUCGGUGAUCUCUAUACCCUUACCCUAUUGAAAGGGGACGACCCUAACCUCUUCUUCGGCUCAGAAGUCAAUACGAAUCGAUACAGCAAAUGUAUGACAUCACUGAGAGGGGAUUGCGUGCCAAAUGGACUUCAGAUGCCUUGGAAUUUGGUUGGAAAUUCUACCAAGCUGAAAGCCAGUACAUUCAUAUUAGUCGAAAUCAUCGGUUCUCGGUGUCAAACACCAAGAUAGCAAUCGGACCCUUAAUUCUGGGCUCUAUUUUCUCAUUAUUUGUUUUCAUUUAUGAGAUUAUUGUCAAAUAAAA